CAGGCGUAGAUUGGUAUUUUGCUAUAGUAUAGCCUUAGAAACUUGUUUUUGAAGAGUUCCUUUAUAUGGAAAGGUUAUUCAAGCACAUUUUCCUUUGGCGUGAGUAUCCAUGUCUCAUUAUCAAUAUUCACUUCAGUAAUACAAAAUGUCGCGGCUCGAUUAGCAAACUGCCCAUAUUCGCUUAUAUUAUCGGCAGGGGUCUAUUACCACAAGCCCUCUUACUUAAACCAAACUAAUUAUCGGGCAAGGCUCGUUUUAAAAAUUUAACUAAAUCAUAUUUGUUGAUGGGAAAACCUACAACUAAUCCUGCCGGAAAGUUUGGCGAAUUUGCAUUAUGACACCAGGAAACACGUUUGACGGUACAGGGAAAUCCCUCUUUGGAUACAUACGCCUACUUUGAUGUCAUAACGGCCGUCAGCUGGCAAAUAUUCUAUACAACUGGUCGUAGAGAAAAGUCAUUAGUUUUGAAGCGAAGGCAGUUGGCUGCAGUAAUUUGUAUUCAUUAUUAAUUAUUAGCGGGUUUUGACAGUGGGAAAAAAGCAUGUUCAUCAAGUUUUAAACACUAGCUCGCGUAUAGCGGUGUUUGGAGAGUCUGUAUACAAUAAAUAAACGAAGGAUAAAGGCAGUAUUACGUUGGAAGACGACGAACUGAGAUACGUUUAAAUACUCAGACAGAAGUAGGCGAGGAAUUGUAAAGAUAAUUGCGAAGAACACUGGUUCUACCAUAAAGGGAGAGCGAUCUCUUGUCGGCAAACGUUGAGGGUUGUAUAAAAAACUGUUCGCGAUAAUUCCCAGAGAUUCGCGGUUUUAUUAGGAAGAAGUAGGCGAGGAAUUGUAAAGAUAAUUGUGUGAAAAGUCGCUCGAUCCUUAUAAAGGGACAUUUCAAUUUGGCACGUUUGAAGAUUUCGGUCGAGACGUAUAAUUUGCGUGGGAUAUAGAGUCUGGUUACUCCCCAUGCAUGUCAGUACUUAAAUUUUCAGAGAUACUCAGAAUUUGGCAUUGAUAAACAGCUGAGAAAGAAACGGCUGAACUAUACAUUUCAGUGAAGAAUACAUUCGAAUAUUGAAGGAGCAUUGAAGUGAUAGCCAAACAGAAACUCAUCGAAUCUGAAACAGUGCUAUUAGCGAAAGAACGAAACAUUAUUGGACAGUUCGCAGUUCACGUCAUCGGUCGAAGUACAUCGAAGAUUUUUGUUACUGUUGAAAUUGAACCGUGAAAGCGAGAGGAUUUGUACUUGUAGACACUUAUUUGUUGUUGUUGCACAAGACCGGAAUUUUCUUCUGGGAAGUAACAUAGGAAUUUUCCGUCUGCAUUUAUUCGAAAGCAUUUGAAAGUUGAAUAGAUUUGGAAACGGAUUAGUUCAACCGCUAACAAGUAAUAUAAGACUUGGCUUGAAUAUCGGAGACGUACUUAAAAGAAUCUUCAAACCCAAAACAUUCAAAAUGGACUUCAAUGGUAAAAUAGAAAUAUUCAAAGAAGGCUCCGUUGUCUCGCUUGGACAAAACAUGUUCAGUUUACCAAAAUUACUGUGGUUUUCAUUGCGUUCGACUGGCUUGUUUUAUUCAACACGAGAACGAGGCGAAGAGAAAAUGCGUUAUCCAGAAAGCAUGAUCGAGUUCGACUCAAUGUUCGUCCGAGUCGAGAAAUUGGACGACGAGAACUCGAGAUUUACUUACAAGAAUGAUAAAAUUGAUGUGUACUGUUUGCGAGUUGGAGACAAACGCAAAUGUAGGAUGCUGUGCUUUACGAGUUGGGAGGAACGAGAUUUCUGGGUUAUCGCCAUCCUAACGGCAAUCGCACAGUACAAGAUCUUGGGAACUCCGAAUCCACAAUCUGAAUUAUGCGGUAAGAUACGUUACGGCACGGCUGUCUCGACACUUCGGGCGACUCGUACGGGGAAAAGUGGAUCCACCAGCAGCGCAAGAUUGGCGAGAAAUAGUCUUCGGAGAUCGUUUCGAAAGAAAUUCGGAUCGCUACGAUCGCGAAAGUCCGUGCGCGACUCAAGGGGUGAUUUGAACGAAAACGUAUACAGCUCCUCCACGUCUGAUGUGUUUAGCGAUGCAAACACGGAGAACUAUAAACCGGUUUCACCGAGUGGUAAAAUCGAGGACGCUGGAAGUUCGAAAGGAUUUUUCAAAUCUGGAUGGGACGUGAUACGAAGACGACCAUCCCAGUUGAGUCGAACUGGCAGUUUGAAAAUGUGAGUCGUGUUGUCUGUUAUGAACACAUGACGUUUUUGACAGUUUUAAGCUAUCGUCAAAGCUGAGGGAACUUAAAUGAGAUACAUCGAAUCCGUAGACACGGUUAAAGACUAAAGGAACAUUGGUUUUUUGGCCCCCAAAAGACUAAUUCGGACUGAUAUAACACUAAUAGACAUUAAUUGGACAUAAUUUUGAACUUUGAAAGUUUUGUACGUCAAACCGAAAGGAACUGAAUUGUAAUACAUUGAAUUGUUAAAGUAUAAAAAAAGCUCGGGCUUUUUGGGGCCCAGAACUUUUUCUGACCGAUAUAACAAAGACUAGACAUUUAUAACAUAAGUUAUAACCCUGUAGGAGCUAAUUUCGGACUACAGUUCAAAACAUUUUGCUAUCCCUGAAAUUUGUGAAGUUCCGACGUAUAGGGAAAUGGGAAUAGUUGAGAAACGUGGCCAUAUAUGCAAAGCCGUUUUCCGGACCGAUAUUGUACGACUAGACAUCGACAUAAAUUAGUGCAAGAUGUUUCUUUGGGCAAAGUAACGUGUUGUUUGGAAACUGAAACAAAUUCAAAAGCAUUGAAGAACUUUGUAAAUAAAAUGUACAAACUUGCGGAUUUAGAAACGUUUAAGUUUCACUUUCGCUUUGAAACAAAAUUUCAAUAUGAUUUCCUGUUUUUCACACUAAGUUUAUAAAGGGACACUUCAAAAGGGGCAGUUCUAUGUCCCAAAUUGAACAAGUUUUGAAAACAUAACCAAUUUAGGAAACUAUAUAGAAAGGUUUUUAUAGGCGUUCUCGAAGUCUAGAUACAAUAUCUACAACAAUUAUAUAAUCAGAUUGUAAGAUUAAUGAUGUAACAUUAUUUUCGUUGUAUCAGUACAAUUAAAUUGUACUAUAUUUUCCAUUUCAAAAUUUACGCGAAGAUAAAACAUAGUUUACGAAUCCCCAAAGGUCACAGGCAGAUAUACCAUAUAGAAUAAAGCUUAAUGGAAAAGCUGUUUUCUAUAUAAUGUAUUUUGAACUAAGCAAAAACCGUAGUGUAAGACAAAUGUAUAGAUUCCUUAAUAUAAUAGCUUUAUUUAAUUAAAUAGAUAUUUAUAUUGUUGUAAUAAUAAAUAAUAUUAAUUUGACACGCUUGAAAGCAAGAGUUUCUCUAAGCAUAUUUUUGUGUAAAUAUAUUUCUCAUGUUAAAAUUAUUAUCGUAAAAAUAAUAAAAAAUUUGGAUGAAAAUUCAAAUUGUCUGAUCGUGGCUUUGUUUUGUCUGAGCAUGGAUAGUCUGAGAUAAGGCUUAUGGUAUAAGUUAUUUUAGUGUAUAUUUUAUUAAUAUUUGAUAUCUUUCGUUCUUCAAGGUCAAAAUAUGAUUUAGUAGACAGAUAUUUCUUUAGAAAAUAUAAAUUUAAGUUGUGUUUUUCAUCUCCUAUCUUCUUCUUAUUUAGCAAUUCCGAAGUUGACGAAGGGAC